CCUGUCCUUUAUGAAUUUAUAGGACGUUCACGUGGACCGUUAUAUGUAAACUCUGCAAGUUUUGCUUUUGACAGAGGAAGUGAAAACCAACAUUUCCAGUUUCCAUCUCCUUAAAAACCUCAGUCUUCUGCCUUUUUUUUUUCCUCUGUCUCAAUCUCAAGAGCAUCUGAGCUCCUGUCAAGGGACCCCCAAGACGAUGAAGAUCCAGUGCGAUGUGUGCAGCAAAAAAGCUGCGGUGGUGUUCUGUGCUGCGGACGAGGCUGCCCUCUGCAGCGGCUGUGAUCACCACGUCCACCACGCCAAUAAGCUUGCCUUCAGGCACCCUCGCCUUUCACUCCUCGAACCUCCUGCAAACUGCUCCGAGCAAGCUCCCCAUGCCCCAGUUUGUGACAUUUGUCAGGAGCGCAGAGCAGUCUUGUUCUGCCAACAGGACAGAGCAGUCCUCUGCAAAGACUGCGAUGUUCCGAUACACACAUCCAACGAUCACACCCAGAACCACUCCCGGUACUUGCUCACCAGAGUGAAGCUCUCCACUUCGGCACCUCCUCUUCUAUUUACUGAUCAUCUCAAGCCCGAGGACAUGAUUCCAAAACCUGCCCCCAUCUCUGAGGCAAUAUCUAGCCCAAUGAGCUCGAACAUGGACGGUGUGAACUGUGAUCACUGGGCGGGGGAAAGAGGUGGAGGAGGAGGUUCGAGUCUGGGCAGUGGUAGCUUAUUAAGGGGGGUCUUAACAAUGGAGAUGCUGCAUGGGGCAUGGCAUUUCGAGGACAUGGUUGAUUCCUGCUCAGAAUCUGUUGCAUCCUUCAGCUUCACCAAGAUUACUUUUGCUGAGGUUCAAUUUGCAGAAUGAUGAUGGCUUCACACUGUCUCCUGAUACCGAGCUUGAAAAUCAUCCUAUGCAUCCACCUUUCCCGGAAAGUAUGAGAAUGCGGGCCCCUGAUGCACCAGCUUUUGAACUCCAGUAUCCUACUCAGCUUUCUCUACCACUCGGCACACAAGCUGUUCCAUUCAAGGAGACGAGUCCUAACCAGAAGAAGGGCGAUGGUUUCACAGUUCCUCUUGUUAUUAGCCCUUUUUGUCAGGAUCCAACCUUCUUGUAACGACUAACUAAUAAAUACGGAUUUAGCUGCUCUGCGGUCCACAUCUAGUGUUGACAAACAUGGAAUGAGAAACGACCGCACCAACUGCACCAAAUUAAACUGCAGAGGAGCCUUUGCCACUCAAUAGAAACUAAAGAAUUCCUGUUAUGAUCUUUCACAGU